CUGAAUCCAAUGGCCGAGGGUGCCGGGCGCUCCAAGACCCCAGGCCCCAUGGCGCAGAAGCCCAUGAGCAGGGCCGAGGCCGAGCGCAUGAACCUCGUGGCCCAGGACGAGAUCUGGACGUACCGCCUGAAGGCUGAAAACGAGGCACGGCAAAACUGGGCAACGAACUGGGGAUUUUUAACGACCCCCCUCGAGGAGCUGAUCGAGCGUGAAGAAGAGCCCGCCACCCCAAAGCCCAAAAUCGAGCUUCCCGAGCGCUUCCGCAUCCGGCCAGUGACCCCAGUGGAGAAAUACAUCAAGGUGCUCCCAUCCCCCCCAGUCCCAAAGACGACCCAGGGCUUCAUCGGCUGGAGAUCCGGGGUGCCAGGCCUGAACAAGUGUCUGGAGUACGAUCAUGAGAUCAGAAGCUGCAAAGGGGCGUAUGCCAAGGAGCUAAACUGGCCGAAGCAAGGUGUCCACUGAGUCCAGACAGAGACCCCGGCCCCUGGGGCAAGGAAGGGUGGACCGCCAGAUGCCGGUGCCCAUGCCCAGGAAAGGAAGAGCUCCCCCGCCUCCCCACCAAGGACAGGGUUCCCCUCCACAUCUGCUCAUGGGAUAUUGUUGCAAAGAACACAAAACAGCCCUUAGAUGUUUUCAAUUCAUCAAUGCCUCCCUUCCGGAACAUUCUUGUAACAUAUUCAUUCUUGGCUAAUGCAAUGAAUAAAGCAAA